AUGCAGCAAGAACAAGUAUUUUGUGUAGAAAAUGGAGAUACAUAUGGGCUACUUGAUCCCAAGGAUAUAGUCACUGUCACCAAAAAUGAUUUUGUUGGAAUAGGCAAUCGAAUUCUCUUUCAGCAUAUUGGACCCAUUCUAACUUUUGAUGUCAACCUUUCAGAUGUACAAGUGUCACAGUACCCAAACAUUGAUCCAUGGAUACUAUACUUGUCAAGCCAUGGAUUGAGGGAACUCACAGUGAGGAAUUCCAGUAGUCAUUUCUAUAAACUUCCCUCUUAUAUAUUCUUGUGUCAACAACUUACGUAUCUGAAUCUCACUAACUGUAUCUUCAAACAACCAUGUGGUACUAUAAGAAGCUUUCAAAACCUUAAGGAGCUUUUUUUGUAUCAAGUUGCUUUCAAGCCAGAGGUUUCUGCUUCUAUCUUUGCUGCAUCAAAGCUUGAAUGUUUGAACGUAGAAAUGUGCAGUGGUAUGGAUCACUUGAACUUUGAUUGCUGUUCACCAUCACUUUCCUCCUUGGUACUUUACAAGAAUCACGGGGUUAAACUGAGUUGUUUUAUGAACUGCAAAAGUAUUCAAUGUGCAUACCUUGUAUUGCCAAUGGAAGUUAUAUCUUUUAGUCCUGGUGAGAGGAUCAAUUUAGCAAGCUUUUUUGAACAUUGGCCUAUAAUUUCAAGCCUUUCUCUGGAUGGAUACCUUCUCGAGCUUUUGGCUGCAGGCUCUAUUAUGAGUGCACUUCCACUUAAAAUCAACUACCUGAGGGAUCUUACACUAUUUCAAGUUGAAUUUACCGAAUUGGUUCCAACAGCGACUGCUGACAACAACCUCGUUUUACAGUAUUUGCAAGAACGUAGCUGCAUGAGCGAGGAGAUUAACAGUUUGCGGUUUUUGAAGAUAAAAUUUUUCCAGGGGUCAAGAGCUGAAAUGCUAUUUGUAAAGAUAAUACUUGCGUGCUGCCCGGCCUUAGAAAGGGUUAGUUUUGAGGAUAAGGAAGUAGAGGCAUCGGAGGUCUCUAAUAUCUUGAAAGAGUUAGUGGUAUUCCCUCGAGCUUCAAGGAAAGCACAAAUCAUAUUCUGA